CUAAAACCCUACAUAAUCCUCUCCGUCUUCCCAACGUUAACACCAAAUACAGUAAUAAGCAAUGAAUUCUAUAUGGUUUCUUCUUCUCCUUCUCCUCCUCCCAAUCUCCAUAUAUGCAGACUGUUCUUGCGAAGAUUCAGGCAACGUAGACGACAACAACAAAAUCCAAUCUCUCAAAUUAAAAUUGGUUGCUAUCGCUUCAAUUCUAGUGGCCGGUGCUUUUGGCGUUUGUGUCCCUUUGUUAGGCAAGAAGUUUGACUCAUUACGACCGGAAAGCACGGUGUUCUUGGGUGUCAAAUUCUUCGCCUCCGGUGUCAUUUUAGCCACCGGUUUUGUUCAUGUGUUAGCUGAUGCUAAUGAGAGUUUGGAAAACCCUUGUUUGGGCGACAAGGCUUGGGGAGAUUUUCCGUUGGCUAAUUUUGUGGCGAUGGUGGCGUGUGUGGUGGUUAUGAUGGUGGAAACUGCUGCUACCAGUUUGUUUAAUAGACAUUCUAGUAAGAAUGGGGCGGAGGAGCAUAUCGGAGAUGAAGAGAAGCAGAGGGGUCACGUGCAUGGCCAUACUGGUCAUACACAUACAUCCGAUGGCCAUGCACAUGCCCAUAUUAAAGAUUCUAAUUCGUCGGAAGGUUUGCUCCGCCACCGGAUUAUUUCACAGGUGUUGGAAAUGGGUAUUCUGAUACAUUCAGUAAUAAUUGGAAUAUCAUUAGGUGUUUCAGUGAGUCCCAAAACGAUAAAACCACUUAUUGUUGCCAUAAGUUUUCAUCAAAUGUUCGAAGGCAUGGGCCUUGGAAGUUGCAUCACUGAGGCAAAGUUCAAGAUUCGAACCAUAGCAACAAUGUCCAUAUUUUUUUCUGUCACAACUCCAAUUGGGAUUGCUCUCGGGUUCGGAAUCUCUAACACUUAUGACGAGAAUAGCCACACAGCUCUCAUUGUACAAGGUGUUCUCAAUGCGGCUUCUGCUGGCAUACUAAUCUAUAUGGCACUUGUUGACCUUCUUGCUAUGGAUUUUCUGAAAUUAAAAGUGCAAACAAGUCCAAAGCUGCAAAUCUUAGCAUUCAUGUCUCUUCUAUUUGGCUUAGGUUGCAUGUCUCUUUUGGCUAUUUGGGCAUGA